AUGCCCAACCUCAACCCUCCCAUAACCAACGUUCAGCAAUGUCUCGACUACCAAAACCGCCUGCAAGCUAUGGAACCUAAUGUCAGGUUCCUAAUGUCUCUCUACCUUAACUCCACAAUAACCCCUGCGACUAUCUACGAAGCCAAACGUGCAGGCAUCGUUGGCGUAAAAAUGUAUCCAGCAAAUGUCACAACUGGAUCUUCCCAAGGUGUCACAGAUUACGCCGCCUUCUACCCUGUACUGGCCGAAAUGGAAAGGCAGGAUAUGAUCCUAAAUCUUCAUGGCGAGUGCCCCUCAGUCGGAGACGUAACAGUCAUGUCAGCCGAGUCAGCUUUCCUUCCCAUCCUCUCCGAUUACCACACGCGCUUCCCUCGUCUCCGCAUUGUCCUCGAACAUCUGAGCACCGCCGCCGCCGUCUCCGCCGUAGCAGCUUGCGGCAAAACAGUAGCGGCGAGCAUCACAUCGCACCACCUCUCUUUGAUCGUAGAUGAUUGGCAGAAUGACGUCCACUGCAAUUGCAAACCAGUCGCUAAGCUCCCGAGCGACCGCGCGGCGCUGCUGAGAGCGGCCAUUUCUGGAAACCCCAAGUUUUUCUUCGGCUCUGACAGCGCACCUCACCCAAUUGCUGCAAAGAAGGGUGGGGAUAAGAUUGCUGCAGGGGUAUUCACCCAGCCUUACACGACGCAGUCGGUAGUCGAUGCGCUCGAGAAGGGCGUUGAAUGGGGUGUCUUGAAGGACGAGGACGUCACCGUGGAAAGGCUGAAGGGCUUCAUGGGCGACUUCGGGAGAAGAUUCUACAAGGUCGAGAGUGAGCCAAGAGGGGAGAUCGAAUUGAGAAGGGGAGAGGACCGGAUCAUGGAUGUGCUGCAGAAUGACGAUCAGAGUGUGCAGGUGGUGCCCUUCAGGAGGGGAGAGAAGACAUGGGGGCAAGGUGCGCUCACCCGUCUCGUACAAACAAUAAGCGCCGAUUUCGCCGCGUCGGCACCACGCGAAUGGAUACGCGAUCCCGAAGCCACGAAAGAGCUCGCAGACCUGUGGCUUCAGUACGAAAACAACCCUAUUCUGGAGCCGUCUCUUUUUCCCGCUGCCUAUCACGAAUCCACUAUGGCACCCAGCUGGCAGGAGGCCACGUUGAAACGAUGUCUAAGCUGUAUGCGUUCAGCGCCGCCGUUCGUAGUGUGGUGCAAGAUCGUCAGCUCUUUUAUUACAAACUUCGGCCGUGUUGGCCUCCUGCCUGCUGUUGCGCAGCCUGGGGGUUGUAUUGUUUCGCUGGCCGGCACAGGCGUGCUCUUCGUCAUACGACAAACCGGCUGGCUUUGGCCCGGGCGACAGACUUGGUACAUCAUCGGUGAUUGUUGUUUGAACGGUGUCAUGUGUGGAGGAAUGUUCGGAGCUGGGGAUGCCGAUCCGUACGAGACGCUUUGGAGGUACAUGUUCAUUGUUUGA